UUCAGUGACUUUGGGUCGAAGUAUUCCUUACCUGACAGUAGUCUUGUCGAGUGCGGUUUGUCUAUUGAAAAGUUCCGAUUAAAUCCAAGAUGUUGGGCCGUACCGCUCUGUUAGCACGCCAAACCGCGAGGCAAAUGGUUCGAUAUUCCCACGGGCACGGUGGAGUCCCCGGAGAGAAUCUACCAUUCUCGAUACAAAAUCGUUACAAAUUAACUGCUAUGUUCAUCGUAUUCUUCGGAUCGGGAUUGGGAGCACCUUUCCUAGUCUUGAGACAUCAAUUGCUGAAGAAGUAAAAGAUUUUCGAGUGUAGGAAGAGUCCUAAAAUUCAAUUUCCCAUUUAGUUUGCAGAAGUGUAUGCUAUAGAGCUGGUGUCUAAUAUAACAAUAAAUGAGUUGUAAUACUUGUAAA